CCCCCCCCCACUCUGGGCAGGUGGGACAGUACAUCUCCCGAGCAGAGGAGCUGAAGGUAUUGGUCACCUCCAGCAGCAAGAACCUCCUGCAACAAGGGAACCCAGCCAGAGAGCUUCUUAAAGAGAUGGCCAAGGACAAGCCUCGGCUCUGCGCUGCGCUGGAAGUGGCUUCUGCUGCCAUCGCUAAGGAGGAGGAAGGCAAAGAUGACAGUGACACCCUGGAGCUCUACCAGCAGAGCCUGGGGGAGCUGCUGCUCCUCCUGGCCGCGGAGCCUGCGGGGAGGCGACGGGAGCUGCUCCACGCGGAGAUCCAGACCCUGAUGGCCCGAGCUGAGUACCUGAAAGAUCAAAUUAAGAUGCGGGAGGCACAGUCCAUGGGCAAGGAGGCGCUGGCGGAACCCGUCCGGAGCAGCUGUACCUUGCAGUGAGGCCCCGGAGCCGGCUGGCAGGAUGCUGCUCACCGCCCUGGCACGGCUGUGCAGAGAUGCCAUCGGCAGGGUGGAGGAAACACGAGGCUUUUGUCCCUACUGCAUCAGGCUAACCGCCUCAGGGACUCACCCUUGGGCUCCCAUGCCUGGAGCGUCCCACGGGAGGGUCCGCAGGACCAUCUGCCCCUCUCCACAGGCUCUGGCAUCGUCUUUUACCAACAGGCAGAGUCCCCUCCCAGCCCUGCCUCGACCGUCUGCUGCCGCAGCCUUGCCUGACGCGGCAGACAGGUUAUUCCACUCUAAUUCCCUCUGCUGCCUGUGACGGGCUGGGUAUUUUUGUCCUGUCACUGGGCUCUGGCAGAAUAUCACCCCUGCCAGUCGCAUACGUCUCUUGCCUUUUUGCCUGGAUGUUUCUUCCACCUCCCAAAUUCUUCUGGGGCAGCCCAGAGCAUAUGCACAGCCCAGACCCACAAAACCCCGCCGGUAGCUCCAGGCUGUUGGUGGUGGCAGCGGGCAGGGAGGGGUCAGGGACGCUGCCUGCGCCUGCCCUCCGCUGUGCCUUUCUCACCCAGCAACUACCUCUCUGCGCCCACGGCCGCUCGUCCAGCCUCGAGCACCCAAUUGCACUGUCCCAGCCCAGCCAUACCUCCCUCUCGCUGCUGGAGCAUCGGGGUCGAGGCUUUUGCUUCCUAAACCUGCCUGCACUGGAGUCUGGCAGGUACUGACUGUGUUUGUCAUUUGUGUCAUGAGGUGUUGGCAGUGCUCAGCGGGGACUAACUGGUUGUGCAUGCUCCUCCGCGGGUAUCGUUGUUGAGUAAAACAGAUGAGCAGAAAUCAAUCACCUUCGGGGACAGAGUUGCACGGUUGCAAACAGCGAUACCUCCCCAAAGGCAGAGCCUCGGCCUUCUGCCUGCUCUGCUUCUCAGGGCUCUGACAACCUGAAUAUCCAAAUCAUAUUCCCAGGAGCCCCCCCAGCCCUUCAGAAGUCACUGAUCUGGGGUGGUGAGGUCUAUCUGUCCUGCAAAGCAAGAGACUUGUCUCAAAAUCUACUGUAUUUUAAGGGAAUGUAAUUUAUUGUCUUCAAUAAACACUUACUUUGGUUUCUCCAACUCCUCCAGUCUUGGGUUUGUGCUUUAAGACCCAAGAGGGAUCUCCAGCCAAGUUCAGGACCAGGAGCCAGCCUGGGGUGCUUGGAGUCAUUGAGAAGGGCUGGAGACCCCUCGUCCCUGUCCCCCUGCCCA